CUUUUCUUUUUUAAUUUCUCUUUUCUGCCCUUUUGUUUGUCUCCUCCAAGCUGGGUGCGCCGAGGCCGAACACGCCGCGCCGCCUCGGCCUCGGCGCGUGUUUACAUUCUUGUGUCGUCAUGGCGCCGCGCUGGCCACGGCGAGCCCCUGCCGCCCAGCCACGGGCCUGCACCGCCGAGCCACGGGGGCAUGACUGCUCUUACACCAACCCCACUCCAAUUGCUGACACUUCUGUAAAAAUGUAGCUGUGGUUAGUUGUGCAAUGUUGGCCUGAGCAUCUAGUGAACAAUGAUAACUCAAGAUGAGGAAGACCUGGAGGAGGAGCUACAAGGCCUUGACAUCCGAGAAGACCAUGGAGCUGAGGAUAGUGAUGUCACACCAGUCAACACACCUCCAUGCACACCACCCAUCCCAUACAUCAAGAAAUAUCCCCCCAUCAAGUCCCUGGAAGAGAGGCGCAGAGAGCCAGAAAGGCACUCAAGAUUGGAUGACUUUGAGAGCAGAAGUGAAUCUUCACUGUCCUGGGGAGAUGAUGAGUUUGAGGGUGAAGCCACAAGACAAGUUGGAGCCUUAUUUGAUCAGCUUGAUUCUCUACUUUACAAUGAAGAAAGCCCUCUGUCUCCCUUACCAUACUCAUGUCUAACUGAUUAUGGCUCAGAUUCCCCAGUUUUUACCAAGAACUUUUUUCACCCUCAGAAGGUAGAUGGAGACACCGAGGAAUUGUCCUCAGAAAAUGCUUUCCAUGACCUUUCAAGAUUUACUAGUGGUUCAGAAAGUUCUAUGAAUCCAAGUGAUCAACUUCUUGAUGUAGAUGAAUCUCCUGAUACUUUUUAUGACAGUGGUAGAUUAAUCACAUGCAGAACCCCUGCAAGUAGCCCACCUUCUCUAGAGCUGCAGGAAGAAUGCUUCGAUUGGGUUCACCAGUUUCCUCACUUCAGGGCCAGAGGAUACCAACUUUCUUCUGGUAUGAUGAACCUUCUAGACCAUUGUCUAGACACAACAGAUUUAUCUGAAGAUGGAGAAGUUGCUGAUGGUGAAGAAGAGAUAAUUGCUCAAGAUGGUGAUUUCUAUCACUUGCUCCCCCUUGUAACCUGCAAUAGUGCCAACCAGACAAAGGAAAAACCCAACCCAAAGCGGGAAACCAGCAGUAGCAGAGUCUGUAGUGGAUCUAAUGACCCAGAAGUGUUGAAAGAGCAAGUCCUCAUAAUGCUUUUUGACAAACUUUGGUCAUCCAUGACAGGGAUCAUUGAGCCUCUUCUUCACCAGUAUGCCAAAUAUGUGAUAGAACAGUCCGUGCAGUACUCAUCUCUCUCCAGGGAGUCAAGUACAAGAGGAUCUAGAAUAGGGAAUCAAGUGUUCAAUAGGAAAGUGAGUGAGGACUUAGAUAGGACAAAGCCAAAGCUUCCAGUGCCAUCAAAUGCCUUACAAAGACCCAAUAGUGGAGCAUUUGCGAGGAACCACAGUGCAAAUAGGCCUAUGAGUGGCAUUCGCAGGCCCCUCAGUGCUGCCAAUAGACUGCAUAGUGCUGUUUCAGUGCCAGACAUCCAUCAGGAGAAGUUAGAAGACUUGUUGCAGGUCUCUCCCAAGCUCCUACAGAGCCAUGAAGAUAAAGUGAGGAGCCGCACUUCUUCCGCCUCAACCACCAGGGGAUCCUCGGCACAGUCUUUCAAGUCACAAAUCUCCCUCCCCUCCUUACCAACCCCAAGGACACCCGUUCACAGGCCAGUGUCAUCUAAAACUGCCAACCACCUCCUCACCCCCAUGAAGGUGGAGGCUCUAACCACUGUAGCAGACCAGCGGCCAGCAUCUACCUCAUCAUAUUCCCGUGCCAGAUUUCAAGAAAAAUAUCAACACUUCAGCCGGCACGGAACAAUCCAGGAAUCUCGAGGGGAUGGCCAAGACUCAGAGACGGAGGAGGAGCCCAGCUCAGUGUGGUCAAGACACAUUUCCUUCCUUCCACCAAUUUCUGACAGCAGUGAGGCUGCUUCUUGCAAGCAGCAGCCACAGUCCCCGGUCAUGACACAGGGAAACCCACCGCUAUCCACUCUUAAUGUUAGAGGCAAAUCGCUGUUGGCAGCACGUCGCCCUCACACACACUCCAGGGCUAGAAAGCAUAUGUUGGCACCAGGGAUGCAGCCAGUUGUUCCCUUCCUCACUUGGGUAAUGGAACAUGUUGACAGGGGUGCUCAUUCAGGAAUGAAAAUUCGAAACCUAGUAGCCAAGAAUGCCUUUGUCAGUGGGGAGAGUAAAAAUAAUUGUUGGAUGAGGAGUAAGCAGUUUAAAAGGUCAGAAGAUUGUGCCUCCAUUGUGCACUUGACUUUACAACAUGGAGACACUGCUUGCAUGGCACUUUUUCUCUUUACAUUUUUCUGUUUGCAUGUUUAUUGCAUUGAUAGAUGUUCUCUGAUAGCAGAAAUAAGUGAUUUGUUUCAUGACAAAGUGAUUAACUGCUGUUCUUUUGUCCUCCCUACUACAUAAUGAUAGCCAUUACAUUAUGCCAAAAAUGAAGGGACUGUGCCUGUAGUGAAGCAUUACACUACAAACUUCACAAUUGCAUUUAUAUGUAUGCAGCCCAUCCUUGUACUUCGUAAGAAAGUGAUGACAUAAUGCCUCAGAAAGUACAAACCAUUGAAAAGCAUGUAUUCAGCAUGCACAUUUUCCCCCAUUGUUUCUAGCACUCCCCUUCAUUUUACAGUUGUAUUUUCACACACAUUAUGGGCAUAUUUCCUGCCAGAAAGAUAGGUGAGAUAAGUAAAUACCAACAGAAAUAAAACAAAUUAAAAAGUGUAUGUCAUAGGUUUUGCAAAAAGCACUACAUUUAGCAUUGGCAGUAGUGAAAAAUGUAAUGGUGAGGGACUGGAAGAAUUUCAAAGCUGAAUUUACAUAGAUGGCAGAACUGUAAAUUAUAUCUCUGUGUGGAUCCCAUGAAAGGACACAUUGCUUCUCGUAUGCUCAUCACCAAAAUUGUGAGGCAAAGUAGUAUCCUAAUAUUUCAUUGAGGUCAUUCAAAUGUGAGUUCUUAUAAAAAUACAACAGGGAAGAAAGUGUUGCUCACCUUGUUUUAUUGAUUGUCAUAUGAAGCCACAAUGGGGGAAACCUGACAACAUUAUCUUUUCUUUACUGUCCUUUCAUCAAGCUGAUGAAAAUACUAAAAUUUGAAGUUUUUUUUAUUAUGGCUUCAUUUUACAAGAUAUAAAACAAGGUGAACAGUUCUUUCUUCUCUGGUAUAUUUUCAUCAGAUCUUAUUUGGAUUAUUUGCAUUAAAUAUUAUGAUACCCUACCUCUAAGCUUUGUAGACAAGCAGAGGAGAGGUGUGGUGCCCUUUCAUGUGUUCCAGCCAGAGUAACAGGCAGUCACAGUGCUGCCCUCUACCUAUGUGCAGUUUUAAAAAAAAUCUUCGUUGUUAGUAUAGCCUACAUAUUGAGGUUUGCUGUUGUGAGCCAUAAAAUCAGUUUCAUAUGAUUGGGUUGAAGUUAGUUGACCAUGUUUGUGAAGAGGGUUCCAACAACAGCCAUUAGGUGUCUCAUCUGCCCAUGCACCGGAGAAGCUGAUCUUGGCAUGCAAACAUGGCUGUACACUGUGCCAAGCAUGGCAGACACACACAGACAUACACCUGUGAGUUAGGCCUAUUAUCACCCUUAAGUCACACCUCUGCCUCACGAACGUAGUGCCCAUCAUCUCCUAGUAAUGCCCGUUUUCUCAAAAAUCAAGUAAAGUUUGUAGUAAUCAAGUAUUUUUAAAUGCCUUUACUGUAAAAAGAAACUAAUAUAUAAAUAUAUCAUUAUUAUGUCUCAAGAAAAAUCUGUAAUUGUUCUUUGAUUUUUUUAAUAAUUAUUUCAUUAAUAUAGUAAUCAUAGAUUCUUUUCACACA